AUGGGUGUUUGCAGCUCAUCAUGCUGCGGAGGGGCCGCCAGGGAGGGUUUGUACGAACCUGCACUUGCAGAUAACGAGCGAGAGGCCGUCGCCGACCUUCUUACCUAUCUCGAACACCGAAAUGAGACCGAUUUUUUCUCAGGCGAGCCCCUGAGGGCACUGAGCACGCUCGUAUACUCGGAUAAUCUGGAUCUGCAAAGAAGCGCCAGUUUGACCUUUGCAGAGAUUACAGAAAGAGAUGUGCGCGAGGUGGACCGCGAUACUCUUCACCCGAUCCUUCUCCUUCUGGCCAGCGAUGACCUUGAAGUGCAACGGGCUGCAAGUGCUGCGUUAGGCAACCUGGCGGUUAAUCCGGAGAAUAAAGUCAAGAUUGUGGCUCUCGGAGGUCUGAACCCGUUGAUCAGGCAAAUGUGCUCCUCAAAUGUCGAGGUGCAAUGCAACGCCGUCGGAUGCAUUACCAACCUGGCGACACAUGAAGAGAACAAGGCCAAGAUUGCUAAGUCUGGGGCCCUUGGCCCUCUCACCCGCCUUGCCAAGUCCAAAGAUAUGCGCGUCCAGCGGAACGCCACAGGUGCACUCCUCAACAUGACUCACUCAGAUGAAAACCGGCAACAGCUGGUAAACGCCGGUGCUAUACCAGUUCUAGUCCAGCUUUUGACAUCGUCUGACGUCGACGUGCAGUACUACUGCACAACCGCUUUGAGUAACAUUGCUGUCGAUGCUACAAACCGCGCCAAGCUGGCACAAACUGAGCCCAAGCUCAUACAGUCGCUUGUCGCCCUGAUGGAGUCAUCGUCACCGAAGGUUCAGUGUCAAGCAGCGCUUGCUCUCAGAAAUCUGGCGUCGGACGAGAAGUAUCAGCUCGACAUCGUGAGGGCGAAUGGUCUCACCCCACUCCUUCGUCUUCUGCAAUCGUCAUACCUGCCUCUUAUCUUGUCUGCUGUGGCCUGCAUUCGGAAUAUAUCGAUUCAUCCGCUGAAUGAAUCGCCAAUCAUUGAGGCUGGCUUCUUGAAGCCUCUGGUGGACUUGCUCGGGUCAACCGACAACGAAGAAAUACAAUGCCACGCCAUUUCUACAUUGAGGAAUCUCGCCGCGAGCUCCGACCGCAACAAGGAGUUGGUCCUCGAAGCAGGUGCUGUGCAGAAAUGCAAGCAACUCGUUCUCGACGUACCCAGCACAGUGCAAUCGGAAAUGACUGCCGCUAUCGCGGUGUUGGCUCUUGCUGAUGACUUGAAGCUGAUACUGCUGAGCCUGGGAGUCAUGGAUGUACUUCUGCCGCUGACGCAGUCUACAAGCGUCGAGGUUCAGGGAAACAGUGCGGCGGCGCUGGGCAAUCUAUCAUCAAAAGUGGGUGACUAUUCUAUGUUCAUUCAGUGUUGGACGGAGCCCGCUGGUGGCAUCCACGGGUAUCUGAGCAGGUUUCUAGCAAGUGGCGACGCUACAUUUCAACAUAUUGCGAUGUGGACGUUACUACAGCUACUUGAGUCAGAAGACAAGAAGCUCGUGGCCCAGGUGGGCAAGUCCGAGGACAUUGUGGAGAUGAUCAAGGGGAUAGCCAACCAACCGGUCGAUUCUGACAACGAAUACGACGACGACGACGAAGGUGAAGUGGUCAAUUUGGGCCAACGUUGCCUGGAACUCCUGGGGCUCGGCAACUCGAAGUCACACAUCGAAGGCUAA